AUGGCUGCCGAUACGAACUCUUUCGGUUGGAACGGACCGGCCGCCCGGUUGCCGGCCGAACUGUGGGUGAUGAUCGCCGCCAACCUCGACUUGGACACUUUCAGCGGUCUUACUCGCGCGUCUCGCGGCUUCCACUACCUCUUGGCUGGGGAACUCAUCCCCCACCACGUCAAAGGAGCCAAGACCAAGGUGGACCUUGUGGCUCGCAUCAGCGAGGUCUUCGUUCACGCGGCGAGGAUCGACUCAACGAGGAUACUCGACCAGCUGAGGACCAACUACCGCAGGGUCGUUGACCCCGCCGGUUUCCUCGCCCCCGCCCCCGGGCAGACCACCUUUCUGGACUUCGCCCUCGCUGCCGACGCUCCCCGGGUCGUGCGGCAUCUCGUCAGGACCGGGUGCGAUAUCGAUCUGGUCGCCCUCCAACAGCCGCCGGGCAUAAAACAACUCUCGCUCACCCUGGCCGGGUGCCACGGGGGCCGGUCCUGGAUGGCGGCGGCGGACUCGGCGCUGCGGGCCGCUAUCCAUCAUGCCAUGCCGCGGACGGUGCGGUUCCUCCUAGCCCGUGGCGCCUCCGCGAAUGGCAUGGCGGACGGCCAGGGAGAGCCAGCACUCCACGCCGCACUCCAGCGGCGAGAGAUGCCGGGAUUAGUAACGCUGCUCGUGUCCCUCCUGAACGACCGGGCCGACUGCCUCUGGCAGCACAGAGUCGGCCAAACGGUCGCGGCACUCCUCGACUUCGGUGCCGCCCCAGACACCCGCACGCCCCCCGCGGCGCGCCUCCACACGUGCAGCCGCCUCUGCUGGCGCUUCACCGCGUGCCACUACGGCUGGGAGACACCGCUCCACCUCGCCGCGGCAGCAGGCUUCGCCGAGGCCAUCCCGCCCCUUCUGGCCAAGCACCCCGCGGGGUUCCACGCACCCGACGCAGGCGGCUACACGGCGCUGUACAGGGCGCUGGUGAAGGACCGACUCGACGCAGCCCUGGCCUUGCUGAACGACCCCUGCGCGCCCCCCAACCCGCCCAUCCUCGUCAUCACCGCCAUCCCUCCCCACGACGGGAACGGCACGACAACAGCCCUCCACGCCGCCUCCCGCCUAGCCCUCUUCCCCGUGGUGCACGCCCUCCUACAGCGCGGCGCGGACCCCAACGCCAUCGACCCCGCCACCGGGCGG